AUGUCCACCGCCGCCCCCUUCUUCUUCAAGGAGCCCAUCCGCUACCUCCGCUGGGCCUCCGUCAACAAGCCCGCCUACUUCUACUCCAUCUGCGUUGGCCUCGCGGGCCCAGGAACCAUCGCUGUAGUCGUACCGACGAGGAGGUACUUGGGCUAUGAGAGGAUCGCAAAGGUGCCGCAGACAUAUCCGAUACCGAAGGGACCAAGGCCGAGACCGAGCGGGUUUGAGGACGAGUAG